AACGCCCCCUAUUUUCAUAUUCAUAUCGUCUUGCAUUUGUUAAUCAGCGCCUAUUAAAAUUAACCAAUCAGAACGCCCCGUUAACGAGAGUUCAGUGAACCAUGCAAACUGUCAAAACAACAACCAAAACUUGCUCCACGCGAGUGAGAAAUGUCGGACGACAAGGAGAAUCUGGUAUCAAAAUCUAGGAGAGGGAGAAAGCUAAAGUUAAUCCAGAAGACGUAGUUUGCCGGAUUUGUGGAGUAAAUUUAAGAUUAAAAUUUGGAAGUGGCUUCAAGAGUUUUGUAAAUAUAUUUAAUGAGAGUCAAAGGGAAGAAUUUCAGUGUGUCUUCGCCGAUCGCCUUCGAACGGUCGGUUUUCACUUCGAAAAUAAGUCGCACAUGUCUCAAAUUAUAUGCCUCCCUUGUGCAAGAAAAGCUAACAGUUUUUGUCAGUUUUAUGAACUGUUGAAUAAGGCCGCUUCUCAAUGUCCGGAUUCGUCGAAACGAAAGUUCUCAACACCGACAGGAAAAAGUCCGCGUAGAAAAAGCUUGCGUCUCCGCUCCCCGGCGCAUGCAAAACCUACAUCCAGCAGGAAAGCGUUGUUUGACUCGCCGACGAAAGGACAACCCUCAACUUCAACGAUGGAUACAAAUUUAAACAUUGAAGAUUUGGAUCCAACAUCCAUCGGCUUUGCUAUUAAACUGUGUAUUGCCUACAAAAGUGGUAAUGUUGUGGUUAAUGGCAAGUUCGAGAAUGAAGACGCUAUGCUUAUCAAGGCCCUGAGCUUGAAAAAGUGGAUGGCUGCCACAAAUAUUCUUCUUCGACAUCGAUUCUUGAGGGCAGAACUUCUCGAUGCAAUAGAGAAAGAAAUGACGAAGGAAGUGAGAGAGUACUCUAAAACAGACAACUGCUUAAAGAGUUCAGACCCAGAACAUUUAACUGUUUUUUCAAACUCGACACUAUGCCAAGAGCUUUCGGAAUAUAGUCCUAUACUUCAUAUGAUUUUCAGUGCUGCAUGUGGUUUGUCUGAUGGGGAAAAGAACACAAGAGAAUCCAAUGCAUUGGCAUUAGCUGCCUCUACCCUCCUUAGAUGUAGUAAUCCUACCAUGUCUGCACUUGCAUACAGGGAGUCUCUCAUUUUGUAUAACAGUGGUGUGAGUUAUGAGAAUUUUACGAGAUUAAACAAUCUUGGUAUAUGUAUGUCAUCAGCAAGCACUAUAGCAUUGCAUAAGAAAAUCAAUGAGAACUUUGACUAUAAAGUUCAACUCUGGAAAAGGCAGAUCGAAGAGAACAGAUCAAUUGUAGCAUUGUUGGAGGAGGUAAACAAAAAGCAAAUGGCUUCAUUUGGUGAGGAUGAUAUGGUUCUUGAGCUUCCACUGAAUGUAAACGAAGAUAAUCUGGUCUCCUACCAUUAUUACACUCCAUCUAUCUAUAAAGCAAUGGUUCAUGUUUUGGAAACUGUGGUUGGGAAAAAGGUUGAUUUGUCUGUCACAGAAGAUGAUAUAACACUUGCUAUUGAAAAAAUGAAAGCUGAAAGAUUGCCAUUUUACAAGAUUGUUGCAGACAAUAUAGACCACAACAUCCAGGCUUGUGUGCAAACUAAGUCAUGCCACAAUCGUUCAGUGCAUUGGACGCACCAGUUUGCCUUGAAAGAACAGGCUAUUGAAUUGGGGUUGGAAAGCGAGUUACCACAGAAAUCAGUUGAUGACCUAAACCUCAUUGAGUUAUUACCUAACCAAUGUGUUCAAGACCACUUCGUACAACAGUGGGCAGUUCUUGUCAGUAGAGUGAUUACCAAGUACAUUCCUGCCUUUAAUCAGUACAAAACAUCUGUGAUUUACCAUAUACCUCACAAAUACUCGAAAGAAAUGUCAAUGAAAUCAGAAUUGUGUUCACUCUCAAUGGAGUUCCACAACCCAAAUGUUGCAGGAGACAUGGCACAGAUUUUAAAGAAUUACCAAGACAAAUAUGUCCCAACAAGUGUAGUUGAUAAGAAGGAUGUUUUGACAAAGGUGCCAAUUCAUGGUGAUCAACUAUUUGAGGAACGCUCUCGUAAUGUAAAAUGGACAUACCAAGUUGCUGAUUCAAAAUAUGAUAAAUUCUCCAAUCUUCUUCCAGAACAUGCAGACUGGCACGCUAAAGUAACUCUAUAUAAGAUUCUAUGUGACUUGUUCGUGGAUGAUAAUUCUGUUGCUGAGAUUGGAACUUCCAAGGCCAGCAUGGUCAGAACAGGUAAAACUAAUGCUGCCAAAGGAGUCCACAAUCAUUAUAAUGAAUACAAAGAAUUCCACUCAAGGGAACUUGAAGCACACAUCUGUGCCUCUUUCAUGACAUUUUGUGAAAUGUCCAGCAUUGAUGAUAAACCAACUUUAAACUUUCCUGAGCCACAUUGUUCGAGACAAACUAAGAUGGAAUGGCUACUUCAAGUAUGUAAAGAUUAUGUCAUGAAGUUUGUAUUGGCAGCUGGUGUCAAUGUACUUGUGAACAAGACGACUGAACUUGAAAGAAGUACGAAUGAGGGGUUUGCAUGUCGAUUUCAAGGCUGCAUGGCAACAUUCACAUACCAUUCAAGAAGAGUUAGGCAUGAGCUUGAAAAACACAACCUUCAUCUAUUGCCCCCAUUUGAAGGUGAUGAAAGAGAUGAAUUUGGCUACUAUAUUUGCCGAAGUAACUGUGGCUUGUGCUUUAAAACCAAAUCAACUAGAAAUAGGUCAGUAUGAUUGAAACAAUGAGUGUUUUUCAAAAACUUGUGCAAUACUUUGUAGCAUUUAACAUAUCACAGGUUUGUUUAAUAUUCAAUGGGUUUGCCUACUUUAUUGCUUUGCAGGAUAUAUAUUUCACCACUUUAUGCUAAGUGCUAUAUUGAGUAACCAAAUUAUUAAAGUUCGUUUGGUAUUUUCCUGCCAUGCUUAACUGAGUGC